AUGGCGACGAAUUGGGGCAACUACACCGACUAUAGUGGCCCCUCAAAACUACCUGGCUCUGCCACACACGUUCUUGACCCCCGCCUAAAUCUACUUGCGGCCCUGAUCCCAGGCCUUUUCGCCGCCAAGUCCUGUUUGGACAUCGGCUGUAAUGCAGGAAGCGUAUCAUGCCAACUGGCCUUCGACUUCCAUGCCGCUGCCGUCCACGGUGUCGACAUUGACCCAAAGCUAGCUGCACAAGCAGAGAAGCUCCUAGCACUGCGGGCUUCCCGCCUCCGACCUCCUACAAAUGACUCGGAACAUGUAGUCGACUAUUUCCCCAUGUCGGCUGUCCUCACGCAUGGCUACCGCAUUGAGCCGGAGAGCGAAGCUUCCCGAAGCUCAUCUUCUGCGUCUGCCCUUUCCAACUGGCCCCGUGUCAAGUUCUUCUCUGCCGACUGGGUCGUAGCCACCAACCAAAGCAUCUCAGGUCCCUACGACGUAAUCCUAGCUUUGUCGGUCAUCAAGUGGAUCCAUCUCGAGCAUCUCGACCAGGGUCUGCGCAUCUUUUUCCACAAAUGCUCGUCAUCCUUGAAACCGGACGGCUAUCUCAUCAUCGAAUUGCAAACCUGGGAUUCGUAUGAGAAAGCUGUCCGCCCAAGCAAGGGCCCACAUUUCAAUUCUAAUUUGCACCUCUUGAAGUAUCGUCCAGAAACAUCAUUCGACGACCUCUUAGCAGAAGAAGGGCUCUACCUCUGCGCUUCAUCGACCGCAUUACCGCGACGCAUAAGUGUGUAUCGCAAAAAAGUAAUCUCAUAG